AUAAGCUGGCCUGGGCCAAGUGCUUGGUAUUGCAUCCAUCAGGUCGCUCCAUAACUUUCAAGCUCUCAACGCGCACCACACCAUGGCCACGGUGGAGCUAGUCUCCUGCUGGUUCUGGGUCGGCCUGGCUCUCAUGCUGCCUUGGAUCAUCCUCAAGCUGUGGAAGCGUGGUGACACUGGCGUACAGAACCUCCCGCCCAGCCCGUGGCGGCUGCCGGUCAUCGGCAACCUCCAUCAGGUGAUGGCCAGCGGCCCGCUCCUGCACCACGCCAUGGCCGACCUCGCGCGCCGUCUCGACACGCCUCUCCUGUACCUGCAGCUCGGAGAGGUCCCCGUCGUCGUCGCCUCGUCCCCUGAGGCCGCACGGGAGAUCACCAAGACCCACGACCUCAGCUUCGCGAACCGGCCGUGGAGCCCCAGCGUGCGGGUACUGGUGGCUGACGGCGACGCGCAGGGGAUCGUGUUUGCACGCUACGGUGCCCUAUGGCGGCAGGUCCGCAAAAUAUGCGUCCUUGAGCUUCUCAGCGCCCGGCGCGUGCGCUUGUGCCGCCACGUCCGGGAGGAGGAGGCCCGCCGCCUCGUCGCUGCCAUCGCCGCAGCGGCGGCGCAGGGCAAAGCCACUGUCGACGUCGGCGAGCGGAUAAGCGCGGCCAUGACGGACUUGGUGGUUCGGCUCGUGAUCGGCGACCGCUUCGAUCGGCCAGAGGAGUUCUUGCAGGUCUUCCAGGAGGGGAAAAAGCUUGCCACCGGUAAAGUCAGCCUCGGCGACCUAUUCCCGUCCUCCUGGAUCGCGAGGCUUUUAAGUGGCAACAUGCGCCGGGCGGAGGCGAACCACCGCAAGAUGUUCGAGCUGAUGGACCGUGCCAUCAAGCAGCACCAGGAGCGCAGAGGCAACGUGGAGGAGGAGGAGGACAUGGUGGACGUGCUCCUCAGGUUGCAGAGCCAAGAUGAUGACCUCGACGAGCCGCUUACCAUGGGAACCAUCAAAUCCUUCUUGCGUGACCUUUUCAAUGGCGGGAGCGAGACAGCGGUGAUAGAAUGGGUCAUGGCCCAGCUCAUGAGAAACCCGAGAGUGAUGCAGAAAGCACAAGCCGAGCUGCGCGAGAGCCUCCAGGGGAGGCAAAAGGUCACAGAAGAUGACCUGAACAACCUCAGGUACCUCAAGCUUGUCAUCAAGGAGACGCUGAGGCUGAACAACGCGGUGCCGCUGCUCAUGCCAAGGGAAUGCAGGGAGACGUGCAAGAUCAUGGGGUACGACGUGCCCAAGGGCACCACCGUCUUUGUCAAUGCGUGGGCGAUCGGCAGGGACCCGAAGUACUGGGUCGACGCCGAGGAGUUCAUCCCGGAGCGGUUCGAGAGCAGCGCAGUUGAUUUUAAUGGCACCGACUUUGAGUUCAUACCCUUUGGAGCUGGACGGAGAAUGUGUCCAGGGAUGGCGCUUGGUCUGGCGAGCCACGAGCUUAUGCUCGCCUCUCUACUCUACCACUUUGACUGGGAGCUCCCAGCUGGGGUCUCGCCGAGCGAGAUGGACAUGACAGAGGAGAUGGGAGUGACCAUGACAAGCCGAAUGAAAAAUGGUCUUCACCUGCGCCCAAUUGUUCGUGUGCCCCUACAAACGGCCACAUAGGCUACCUAUACUAGAUGAUACUCUGCUCGUUGCUGUGAGAAUCUGUA